UUUACAAUUUUACUCUGUCGUCCAUCGCUUCUUUGAAAAAGGUGCCUUGCAUGCCUCCUUCUUCGCUCGCACCUGCCCCUUCGUUCACUCGAUCAGACUCAGAUUCAAUCAGCAUCAAUAUUCAGGACGACAUUACGACAAGCACAACCCUGCAACCAUCACAUCAUCAAUUCUCUCAUCACCAACACUUCAGCAACAUGUCUAACCAUCACAAGUACUCUGUUCUUUUACCAACUUACAAUGAACGCGACAAUCUCCCUGUCAUUGUCUGGUUACUCACGAAGACCUUUCAGGAAAACAACAUUGACUAUGAGAUUAUCGUCAUUGAUGACAACAGUCCAGAUGGUACAUUAGAGAUUGCAAAGCAACUCCAGAAGAUUUAUGGCGAAGAUAGGAUUCUCUUGAGACCUCGCGCUGGCAAGCUUGGACUAGGCACUGCAUAUGUUCAUGGAAUUCAGCACGCCACUGGCGACUUUAUCUUUAUUCUGGACGCUGAUAUGUCCCAUCAUCCCAAGUUUAUGCCCGAGAUGAUCCGUCUUCAACAAUCCAAGAACUUGGACAUUGUUACUGGAACACGUUAUGCAGGCAAUGGUGGUGUUUACGGAUGGGACUUGAAACGCAAGGUUAUUAGUCGUGGAGCAAACUUCCUGGCAACAGUUUUGCUGCGCCCUGGCGUAUCAGAUUUAACAGGCAGCUUCCGUUUGUAUAAGAAAGAAGUGUUGUCAAAGUUGAUCUCGGCAUGCAUCUCCAAAGGAUAUGUCUUCCAGAUGGAAAUGAUGGUUCGUGCAAGACAAUUCAACUAUACAAUUGGUGAAGUCCCCAUCACAUUUGUAGACCGUGUCUUUGGAGAUAGCAAGAUGGGUGCUAUGGAAAUUGUCAGCUAUGCACAGGGUCUGUUGAAGCUCUUUGUUGCGGUUUAAAGACUG